CAGUCAUCACAUUUUCUCCAUUAUAGAAAAAAAAAAUCAAUCUUUUUAAGCUCAUUCUCAAGUGAAGAUCAGAUCAUCAUAUCAAUGGCGGAUAACAAGCCGAAGCAGGGAUUAAGAAAACCUGUUUUUGUGAAAGUGGAGAGUUUGACACCUGGCACUAAUGGCCAUACAUUAAUCGUCAAAGUUGUAGAAUCGAAUACUGUGUUGCAGAAAGGCCGUUCAGUUUCGCCGCAUUUACGUAACACUCGCAUUGCUGAAUGCCUCGUUGGUGAUGAAACCGGCACCAUCAUCUUCACUGCUCGUAACGAUCAAGUUGAUCUGAUGAAGGCUGGUGCUACCGUUAUCCUUCGGAAUGCCAAGAUUGACAUGUUCAAGAACACCAUGAGACUAGCUGUGGACAAGUGGGGACGCGUUGAGGUGACUGAACCUGCUGCCUUUGAAGUGAAACAGGGUAACAAUCUCUCCCUUGUUGAGUAUGAGCUAGUGAAUGUGGAGGAGGUGAACAAGUAGUAGUACUGUUGUCCUAUAUUUUGUUAAAAUAGUUGCUUCCUUUGGGAUGGGAAAGCACUAACUUUGAAUAUGGUAAUAUUUUGGUUAAGGGAAACUCAGGAACUCUUAGGAAUCAAUGGUGUGAAAAAAACUACUUACUCUAGUAUUUAUGGAUAUUUUAACUUUAUAGAAGUCUUACUUAUAA